UAAGUAGGUGAAAUGUCACAUGGCUCUCUGUUACUUCUUAACACAGCACUGCAGCGGAUUCAGUUACGUAGCCAGUUAGGCUCUGUCUCUGUUUGGUGUCUUGUUACAAUGACAUGGGGGGGAGAGAGAGAGAGAGAGAGAGAGAGAGAAACCGAGGAUGGUGGUAGGGAGGUGUGUAAAGCACAGGAAAGGACAAACUUGACCACAACCUGAGGAAAGCCGCUCCAAGGGCACAGAGCACAUACGCCUGAGCGCUGAAGAAAUUCACUGCCUCACUGACUCAAAUCAAAGUCAUAGCUUUCCUUUGCUCCAUUGGUUUAGGCUCACACUGCCCUAAAAAGGCAUCUGAUGGUUGCCACGGGUGCAGACUCCCUCUAGGCCUGUGUGGGACUUUAAACAACAAAAGCAGAACACAGAGAUGGCUGAGGCACAUCAGGCAGUAGGCUUCCAGUUCACUGUGCGCCCAGAUGGUGUGGACUUUAAACUGAGCCAAGAAGUCAUCAAAAAUAUCUACCUAUCAGGAGUGACAGCAUGGAAGAAGAAAGCCAUUCAAUUCAAGAAUGGUGUAUUGGCAGGAGUCUACCCUGCCAGUCCAUCCAGUUGGCUAAUAGUUGUGAUUGCCAUGAUGAGCUCUUUAUAUAUCCACAUAGACCCGUCUCUGGGAAUGAUGGAUGCCAUCAAGGAAAACCUACCAUAUCGAGACUGCAUGUCAGUACAGACACGAGCAGUCCUGAGUGCCAUCCUGUUUGCCACAGGACUGUGGCUGUUCCUCAUCUACCUCCUGAGAUACACUCUUAAAGCUUUGCUGUCCUAUCAUGGAUGGAUUUUUGAGUCCCAUGGAAAAAUGAGUACAUCAACUAAAGUGUGGCUGUGCCUGGUAAAGAUGUUUUCUGGACGCAGACCCUUGCUCUACAGUUUCCAGGCCUCCUUACCCAGGCUUCCUGUGCCCAGUGUGGAUGAUACAAUUCACAGGUACCUUGAGUCAGUUCGACCUCUGCUGGACAAUGAGCAGUACAAUAAAAUGGAGCUUUUGGCCAGUGAUUUUAAAGAAAACAAAGCAGCCCAACUGCAGAGAUGCCUAAUCUUAAAAUCAUGGUGGGCAACAAAUUAUGUAAGUGACUGGUGGGAGGAGUACAUUUACCUCAGGGGCAGGAGUCCUAUCAUGGUCAACAGCAACUUCUAUAUAAUGGACCUCUUGUAUGUGACCCCAACACACCGUCAGGCUGCAAGAGCAGGAAAUGUGGUACAUGCCAUGUUGCAAUACAGACGCAAACUGGAACGUGGUGAACUUGCACCGCUGAGGGCUUUGGGGACUGUUCCUAUGUGUUCUACUCAGAUGGAGAGGAUGUUUAACACCACUCGUAUCCCUGGCAUUGAAACAGAUUUUGUGCAGCACCUGACUGAUCGGAAACACCUGGUUGUCUUCCACAAGGGUCGGUUCUUCCAGGUGUGGCUUUACACUGGAGGGCGUCACCUUUUGCCCAGUGAACUUGAGACACAGUUUCAAAGGAUUCUCAAUGAUACAUCAGAACCUCAACCAGGAGAACUCAAACUAGCUGCCCUGACAGCGGGAUACAGGAUUCCAUGGGCUCAGGCUCGGAUAAAAUAUUUUAGCCAGGGCAUAAACAAAGUAUCCCUGGAUGCAAUCGAGUCAGCUGCCUUCUUCCUGACACUGGAUGAUGAGCCGCAGGGUUAUGAUCCUGCAAAGAGCAACUCACUUGAUAGCUACGCCAAGUCCCUGCUGCAUGGAAAAUGUUAUGACAGGUGGUUUGACAAAUCUUUUACAUUGAUCUCUUAUCCAAAUGGAAAAAUGGGUGUAAAUGUUGAACAUUCUUGGGCUGAUGCACCAAUUGUAGGACACAUGUGGGAGUAUAUUCUAGCAACAGACUGCUUCCAUCUUGGAUACACUGAGGAGGGACACUGUAAAGGGGAUGUGAACAAAAACCUGCCUCAUCCCACUCGACUACAAUGGCAGAUUCCAAAUGAGUGCCAAAAUGUCAUUGAAACAUCAUACCUCUCAGCCAAGCAGAUAGCUGACGAUGUGGACUUCCAUGGCUAUCUGUUUGCUGAGUUUGGGAAAGGCCUGAUCAAGAAGUGCAGGACAAGCCCUGAUGCCUUUAUUCAGCUGGCCUUGCAGCUGGCCCAGUUUAGGGACCAGCGUGUGUUCUGUCUGACGUACGAGUCAUCGAUGACACGUAUGUUCAGAGAUGGGCGGACAGAGACAGUACGCUCCUGCACUUCUGAGGCGGUCGCAUUCGUCAGAGCCAUGGAGGACGCUGGUGCGACGAAUGCCCAGAGACUUGCCCUGUUUCGGAAAGCAGCAGAAAAGCACCAAAACAUGUAUCGUCUGGCCAUGACUGGUUCUGGGAUCGAUCGUCACCUUUUCUGUCUCUAUAUUGUAUCUAAAUACCUUGGUGUCGACUCACCAUUUCUUACAAAGGUGCUUUCGGAGCCCUGGAAGUUGUCCACCAGCCAGACUCCACAGCAGCAGCUUAAUUUAGUUGACAUCAACAAGUUCCCGAAAUAUGUGGGUGGUGGAGGUGGAUUUGGCCCUGUAGCUGACGAUGGUUAUGGUGUGUCUUAUAUCAUUGUUGGGGAAAACCUCAUCACAUUCCACAUCUCCAGCAAGUUCUCCAGUCCUGACACAGACUCAUAUCGGUUUGGUCAGCAUAUUCGAAAGGCCAUGCUUGACAUCCAAGCUCUUUUCAAGCCUGAAAAUGAUAAGACAGCACAGAAUGCAAAGUAUGUCCAUCUGGAAAAUGGGAAAAAGCACAUAUAACAGAGAGUGUGGGAGGAUAUGUUGGAUUUGGAGCACAUACUGCCUGUGACUCAGUCUUCAUUCAUAAAAGUAAAACAAGGUUCUGGUGACAGGAUGGGCUGCUGUGGUGAGUCACAGUACAGGAGCUUGGCAUUCCUCAGACAAAAGCAAUAUUUAUUACACAUCUAUGUUUUUCCUGUUUAUAUUUGGGGGAAACAAAUGUCAUUUGUUUUACACAAUAGGUCCUCACAUACACGUACCACACUCACUGUAUAUAAAGCCAAUGUAAUGUAAAUAAAGCUACAAUAUGUAUUUAUUCAUGAUCUUAUGAAAGCUGUAAAUAUAUCUGCCAAAAGAAUGUGUUCCUGUAUUUGCAGAUCUAAAUUAUUUGUUAUGUGCCGGUAUUUAAGAAUUUGCUGUUGAUUUUAAGGCGGCUGUCAUUUGUGAUUAAAAAUAUAACACAUGCAACUAAUGCAUCACUAGUGCAGUCAUCAUCAGGGAUUUCUGUGGCUCUGCUGUGGAAGAUUGGAAAAUCCAGUUUGAUCAUUACAUCAGCUGUGUGUGUGUGUGUAUAGAUAUAUGACUGAAAGAGGCAUGACAGAGCAGCACUGCACUGACGGGUCAUAGUGAGAGCUGUGGGAAAUUUGCUGUCAAAAUUGGGAUAACAUAAAGUAUUGUGCAGAAGUCUUGAACCAGCCUAAUUUCUUUGUAUUUGGCUUCCAAGCCCCAGAUCUUCUUAUAAUUAUUUAAAGUAGUCUAGAGCUCCGAAAGCUUUCUGAAGAUCGUUCAAAAUUUUUCUGUGGACACUGGCUGCUUUUUCACUAUGUUUCUGUACAGUACUUGUACCUGACUAGUCUUUGUUUUGGGUUGGUUUUUUUUGGUUUGUUAAGCGACAUAAAACUGAUGUAUGAUUCAUUCAAGCAUAAAAAGGCGCCCAACUCGAGGUAUGAACCAGUGUUGUGUAAACAUACAACAGAAAAGUUAGCAAAGAACCAAUAUUAAAUCAUAAUAAAGCAUUUUGUUACUAACAGUUUGUUGCAAAAACAUGCAAUUUGUUCCCAUUACUGUAGGUAAAUCUACAAAAAUUGCCCAAGAAAAUAAAAAACUAUCCAAAGCAGAUGAAUAGUAUCUGAAAUUCAUGUCUUUAUUGUAUAAAAGAAUUGGCGGGCAGGCACUACCACUCAUGCAUUGGUCUCCCCAGUGUCCAGACCUCAGCAUCAUUGAAGCAGUGUAAGAACAGAAUGCAGUCAACAUCUAAAGCUUGAAUGUCCUUUAAGAAAAUUGGAAAAGUAUUCCUGAAGACUACUUAAAGAAAUUACAACAAACUUUAAGAGUUCAUGCUGUGUUAAAGAAUAAAAGUGAUCAUACCAAAUGUUGACUUUCAAACUUGUUACAAUUGUAUAAACUCUAUUUUUGUCUCA